AUGUCAGAAGCUGCUCCAAUUCAAGCUCAAUACCACAAGUAUAUUGAAGCUAUCAUCCCUUACAUCCCAGCAACAUUGAGGGAAAUUGAUAUCCAUAAGGCUAUUAGAUUGGUUGUUAUUAUUGGUGGCUACAUUUUCAUCCGUAAUAUCGCUCAAAAAGUUUUAGCUAACCGUCAAUUAAAACAACAACUUGCACAAGAUGAAAAAGAUAGAGAUCAAGAAAGAAUAAGGGAACUCGUUGAAGAUCCAAAAGCUAAAACCACUGCUACUGAAAGUGGAUUUGGAUGGGGUAAGAAAACUAGACGUAAUAUCAAAUUACAAGAAGAAAUUUUGAAAGAAACUUUAGAAAAACUCGAACAUCAAGAUGAUGAUAGUGAUAAAGAUAUUGAAGAUUUGUUAGAAGAUGAAUGA